CCUUGAGCGUAUAUGUGCUUAUUCGCUCUUUCUGUCAGUCCAGCACUCCUGAAUUGGAGGGUGCCACACUUUAAGGUGAGGGUGGUGGACCAAGGGUGAAAACUGCAGUGAACCACAAAGAAGUAAAAGAGCGCGGAUAGGCACGGUUCAACGUCCAAUCCCUUGUCUAUCCAAAGAGGAUGGAGAACGCACACACAAAGACCCCGGCAGAAUGCCUGGCUUACUUUGGCGUGAACGAGAACAUUGGUCUCACUCCUGAUCACUUCAAGAAGAACUUGGAGAAAUACGGCUACAAUGAGUUGCCAGCUGAGGAGGGUAAGAGCCUCUGGGAGCUGGUCAUUGAGCAGUUUGAGGACUUGCUUGUCAGGAUUCUGCUGCUGGCUGCCUGCAUCUCAUUUGUGUUGGCCUGGUUUGAGGAAGGCGAGGAGACCGUCACGGCCUUCGUGGAGCCUUUCGUCAUCCUUCUCAUCCUCAUCGCUAAUGCCGUUGUUGGCGUGUGGCAGGAGCGUAAUGCUGAGAGUGCCAUCGAGGCUCUCAAGGAGUAUGAGCCUGAAAUGGGCAAGGUUUACCGUUCUGACAGAAAGAGUGUGCAGAGGAUCAAAGCCAGAGAAAUUGUCCCUGGAGACAUUGUGGAGGUGUCCGUUGGUGACAAAGUUCCCGCUGACAUCAGGAUUGUUUCCAUCAAAUCCACCACCCUGCGUGUUGACCAGUCCAUCCUCACUGGUGAGUCUGUCAGUGUGAUCAAGCACACUGAGCCUGUUCCUGACCUCAGAGCCGUCAACCAGGACAAGAAGAAUAUGCUUUUCUCUGGUACCAACAUUGCUGCCGGCAAGGCCAUCGGUGUGGCUGUUGCCACCGGAGUCUCUACUGAGAUCGGCAAGAUCCGUGACCAGAUGGUUGCCACUGAGCAGGAAAAGACUCCUCUGCAGGCCAAGCUGGAUGAGUUUGGUGAGCAAUUGUCCAAGGUCAUCUCUCUGAUCUGCGUUGCUGUCUGGGCCAUCAACAUUGGGCACUUCAAUGACCCCGUCCACGGAGGCUCAUGGAUCCGCGGUGCUGUCUAUUACUUCAAGAUUGCCGUUGCCUUGGCUGUGGCUGCCAUCCCUGAGGGUCUGCCCGCUGUCAUCACCACCUGUCUGGCUCUUGGCACUCGCCGUAUGGCCAAGAAGAACGCCAUUGUAAGAAGCCUGCCAUCUGUGGAGACUCUGGGCUGCACCUCUGUCAUCUGCUCCGACAAGACUGGCACUCUCACCACAAACCAGAUGUGUGUGACCAAGAUGUUUAUUAUCAAGACUGUUGCUGGUGACCACGUUGAACUUGAUGCCUUUGAUAUAUCUGGCUAGUACACCCCUGAAGGCGAGGUGCCAAGACCACUGCAGUACAUAUGAUGUGCCUGGGUUGAGCUGGCUACCAUCUGUGCCUUGUGCAAUGACUCCUCUCUGGACUUCAAUGAGUCCAAGAAAGUCUAUGAGAAGGUUGGUGAGGCUACUGAGACUGCCCUGUGCUGCCUGGUUGAGAAGAUGAACGUGUUCAACACCAAUGUGAAGAACCUGAACAGAGUUGAGAGAGCCAACGCAUGCUGUGCAGUCAUUAAGCACCUGAUGAGGAAGAACUUUACCCUGGAGUUCUCUCGUGACAGGAAGUCCAUGUCUGUAUACUGCACACCCACCAAGGGAGAAGGUGGUGCCAAGAUGUUUGUGAAGGGUGCCCCAGAGGGUGUGAUUGAAAGGUGCUCUUAUGUGCGUGUUGGCAACAAGCGUGAACCCCUGACCAGUGCCAUUAAGGAUAAGAUUAUGACUGUAAUAAAGGAGUGGGGUACCGGUCGUGACACCCUGCGUUGCCUAGCCUUGGCCACUCGUGACACUCCACCGAAGGUGGAGGACAUGAACCUUGAGGACUCAACCAUUAUUGAUUAUGAGGUGGACUUGACUUUUGUUGGCUGUGUGGGUAUGCUGGAUCCCCCUCGUAAGGAGGUCACUGGCUCCAUUGAGCUGUGCAGAGCUGCUGGAAUCCGUGUUAUUAUGAUUACUGGUGACAACAAAGGAACUGCCAUCGCUAUCUGCCGUCGCAUUGGUAUCUUUGGCGAGGACCAGGAUGUUUCCGGCAAGGCCUACACCGGACGUGAGUUUGACGAUCUGCCCAUUAGUGAACAGUCUGAGGCUGUGCGUAGGGCUUGCUGCUUUGCACGUGUGGAGCCGUCCCACAAGUCCAAAAUUGUGGAGUACCUGCAGGGUUAUGAUGACAUUACUGCUAUGACUGGUGAUGGUGUGAACGAUGCCCCUGCCCUGAAGAAGGCCGAGAUUGGCAUCGCCAUGGGCUCUGGCACUGCCGUUGCCAAGUCUGCCUCUGAGAUGGUCCUGGCUGACGACAACUUCUCUUCCAUUGUGGCUGCUGUUGAGGAGGGCAGAGCUAUCUACAACAACAUGAAGCAGUUCAUCCGCUACCUCAUCUCCUCCAAUGUUGGUGAGGUUGUCUGUAUUUUCCUGACUGCUGCUCUGGGUCUGCCUGAGGCUCUGAUCUCCUGUUCAGCUGCUUGGUUCAACCUGGUCACUGACGGUCUUCCGGCCACUGCUCGGGGCUUCAACCCUCCUGAUUCUGGACAUCAUGGGCAAACCCCCACGAUCCCCCAAGAGCCUCUUAUCUCUGGCUGGCUGUUCUUCGAUACAUGGCUAUUGGUGGAUAUGUUGGUGCUGCCACCUGUUGGUGGUGCUGUCUGGUGGUUCCUCUACGAUGUCACUGGCCCACAGGUCACCUACUACCAGCUGUCCAAUCUCUGCCUCUCCACAGUCCCAUUCAUGCAGUGUCAUGGUGAGAAUGAAGACUUUACAGGCCUUGAUUGUGAGAUCUUUGAGGCUACUCAACCCAUGACCAUGGCCCUGUCUGUGCUGGUCACCAUUGAGAUGUGCAAUGCUCUCAACAGCUUGUCUGAGAACCAGUCUCUGAUCCGCAUGCCACCAUGGAGCAACUUCUGGCUGAUCGCUGCCAUGACCCUCAUGUCCCUCCACUUCAUGAUCAUCUACAUUGACCCUCUGCCUAUGAUCUUCAGAUUGACGCAUUUGAACACAGAACAAUGGAUGAUGGUGUUGAAGCUUUCCUUCCCUGUCAUCCUGAUUGACGAGGUGCUGAAGUUCAUCGCUCGUAACUACGUUGAAAGUAAAGAUCACUAACUUAAAUAGAGGUGCAGAAGUGGAUCUUAAGGGUUGGAGAUGAAGACGAGAGAGAGGUGAAGACCCACAACCAAAGAGAGGAACUCUUGUGAGUCAACAAUAGAAGAGAGAGAAGAAAAUACAGAAAAACUAAAAAAAAAAAAAAAACACCUAUAUAUAAAAACAACUUCUAAGAAGAGGAGAUCGAAUUGAUAUGAAGUAAACCUGCUGAUAAAAUAUUAUUUAAGAUUUUAUUUUAAGAAAUAAACUAUGUAUUAAAAGUGAUUUUUUUUUUCUUUUUGUUAAACUUGGAUAUUCUCAGCUGUUAUUUUGUGUCCUCUGUCCAUUUUCAUAUGACUGAUUUUCCAGCUCAUUCUUCUUAUUCUAGAUUGUUGUUGCUUGUAUCUCAGGCAGUCUUGUUGCUUUCUGCUGCUUACUGUACAGCACCACAUAGGGUUCAUAGGGGCAGAAAGGACAGCGCCCACUACAGGCUCUGUGUGCUCAACGCACCCUGAUGGAGCUCUCAUGACAUAAAUGGACAUGUUCAUUCAACACUUUUGGUCUUAUAUAUUGUUUACGUGAUAAGCUGCAAUAAAUUGAUGAUGAUUACA